GCAGCAUUGUGUCUCAUAACACCCCGGUUCAAAUCUGUUCCUGAAGGAGGCAUGGCUGCUCUCUUUAAAGCAAGAAAGGCGCUCGGUCUGUGUCUCUCGGGCUGUCGGAGUUUCUCGGCUCUGGCUGAGCUGCCGGAGACUCACCAGCUGCUCCGUCAGACUUGCAGAGACUUCGCCGACCGAGAGCUGACCCCCAUCGCCGGGAAGCUGGACAAAGAGCAUGCUUUCCCUAAAAAACAGAUCCAGGAUUUGGGGGCGCUGGGUGUGAUGGCCAUAGAGGUGCCGGAGGAACUCGGGGGGGCGGGGAUGGACUACCUGGCCUACAGUCUGGCCAUGGAGGAGAUCAGCCGAGGCUGCGCCAGCACGGGGGUCGUGGUGUCCGUCAAUAACUCUCUGUACAUUGGGCCGAUAUUAAAGAACGGCACAGAGGAGCAGAAGCAGCAGUGGAUCACACCGUUCACCACCGGAGAGAAGGUGGGCUGCUUCGGACUCAGUGAGCCAGGUAACGGCAGCGAUGCGGGCGCGGCCUCCACCGUGGCCAUUCAGGACGGAGAGGACUGGGUUCUGAACGGGACCAAAGCCUGGAUCACCAACAGCUGGGACGCCUCGGCCACCAUCGUGUUCGCCACCACCGACAAGAAGCUCAAACACAAGGGUAUCAGUGCCUUCCUGAUCCCCAUGCCUCACCCCGGUCUCUCUCUGGGGAAGAAGGAGGACAAACUGGGCAUCAAGGCCUCGUCCACGGCCAACAUCAUCAUGGAGGACUGCAGGAUCCCUUUGGGAAACAUGCUGGGGCCUCGAGGCUCCGGGUUCAAGAUCGCUAUGCAAACUCUGGACAGCGGGAGGAUCGGGAUCGCUGCUCAGGCUCUGGGGAUCGCUCAGGCGUCUCUGGACUGCGCUGUAGAUUACGCUCUCAAACGCGUUGCAUUCGGAUCUCCAAUCGGAAAGCUGCAGGCCAUACAGUUUAAGCUGGCUGACAUGGGGGUGGCGGUGGAAAGCGCUCGCCUGCUCACCUGGAAAGCUGCUCUGCUUCGAGACUCAAAGCAACCCUUCACCAAGGAAGCAGCCAUGGCUAAACUCGCAGCGUCUGAAGCCGCCACCUUCUGCGCUCAUCAGGCGAUCCAGGUCCUGGGGGGGAUGGGCUACGUGACGGACAUGCCGGCGGAGAGGCAUUAUCGAGACGCUCGCAUCACGGAGAUCUACGAGGGAACCAGUGAGAUCCAGAGACUGGUGAUAGCCGGACAAAUCUUGAAGGAGUACCAGUGAUACGCAACCGAAAACUGACAAUCAAUCACAGAUCUGGAGUCAGAUGAGUCGACCUGGAGACAUUACCUUAUACGUAAAGAUAGGAGAAUGUGAGCUGAGCUGCAGGUUUUAUAUGUUUGUACCCAAACGCUAUUAAAUGCCGACGUUCAGAGGAGAUUCAGAUGAUUUGACGUCUAACCCACAUCUUUUCACGUUUCGAGAGAAUUAUAGCACUUAUUUUUGACUUGGCUCUAAAACGUCACUUUUCUUUGUUGAUUUUAGGGUCAGUUCACUUUAAACAUCACAAAUCUGCUUAGAAAUAAAAAAGAACUAUUUGGGUUUUAAAGUUUUCCUUUAUACCGUCGGCUCAAAAAUGUCCGACUUUUCUUUGCGUCUUUUAAUGCAUCGCCAGAUUUAAGGAUCAAUACUUUCUUUCAUGCCAUGCAGACAGUUUUAGUUUCGUAUGUUAUUUGUCUCCUUUUCAACAAUUAAUAUCUAAAUAUUCUGCUUUUUAAUACAAUAAUGAAACCAAUUCAAGGGUUUAAAAAACAUACAAUCACAAAUCUGCUUAGUAAUAAAACCAACUCAUAUAACUGCCUGAAUAUUCUGUUUUUAAAGUUUCCUUUUAAUGCAAACAGAAGCUGCUAAUGGAUCAUCUGGCCUACUUUUGAGAAACUUUCCAUGAAAUGUCUACAAACACAAUCCAGAACAACAUUAAAUAACAGUUUAUUAUCAUUAGAAUUUGAUAAAUAGACACAAGAUUAAUUUUAUUCAAGGUUUUGUGUGAACUGACCCUUAAAAUGAUAACUUCCCGUGACAGCCAGCAGGGGGCGCUGCAGUGCCUUAAGGAUUCUUUGACCCACUUUCAUCAAUUUCCGUAAAAACUGAGAAAUAAUCACUUUUUUUCCAGAUUGAAAAUAUUUGUUGACUUUAGUUUUACUAAUUUAAUAUCCUGAAUUUCAGUUAGAGAUAAUACUUGAAUGAUUGUGGUGAAUAAAGCCUGAUUGUUUAGUGGAUACAUCUGUUAUGAAAUACAGUUUGUCUGCUUGUGUUUGGUUCAUUUCACCGUGCCUCAAUAACUUGUACAUAUUAAAAUGUAUUUAUGGUGUGUGGAUGAUAAUAAAAAACACAAUUGCAGGAUU